UCAAAAAUGACCUCUACACAUGCGCAAUAAGAUGCGCUCUAUAAUAUUCGCAGUAAUUUAGUGAGAAGUAUAAAACAAGAUGGUCAGUCACGAAAUAAAUCAGUUCAUUAUCAACUCUUGCUUAUGUAGUUUCUCUUGUGAACAUCAAUAUGAUUAGCCCGAUAUUUUCACCAGUGUCUGAUCUUAGUUAUCUGAAAGAUGAAGAACAGCGGAUAGUAACCUUCUUUACAUCUGAAUGGGGGCGUGAGAUAGAAAACCGCUUCGAAUUAGCGCGUGAUGGUUAUUACUAUACAGGAGUAACUCGCCAGUGCAAGUGUAUUUUUUGUGGCCAUCUACAUUAUGCAUCUAAUGUUCAGGAUUUAUAUUAUAUUGAACAUCGGUUACAAUCAUCAAAUUGUCCCUUCAUGCGAAAUCUUGAUUGUGGUAAUAUACCUUACAUGCCAACUGAAACUCCUAACCGUGGAGGUUGGUUUGAAGUAUGUAAUCAACACAGUUCAACUCAAAAUCAAUCUCACAUACAAGAGACCUCUAUUCAAAACAGUGAACAUAGUUCAAGUGAAGGUGAAGACGUAAUAGAUGAUUACCCAAGAUCACAGAAUAACCGCAGGAUUCUUCUACACUGCAACGGUACAAUUUCAAAUUGGGAGAAGGACGACAAUGCUUGGGCGGUUCAUGCAUAUUUCUUUCCAAAAUACUCUUUUCUUUAUUUGAAAAGAGGACAGCUUUUUAUCGAUGGUAUCAAUUCACCAAAAACUAAGGUCACACCCUUGCUAGAAUUGCCAGAAGCAUCUGAGGACAAGAAUCGAUAUACAUGUAAAAUUUGUCUUGACAAAGAAGUAGGCACAGUAUUUACUCCAUGUGAUCAUGCAAAAGCAUGCACAGAGUGUGCACCACAGCUUGAUUCAUGUCCUAUUUGUAAGACAAAUAUCGCGAGUAUUUUUAGAUUGAAAUUAAUCGAUUGCGUUUUUUUAAUUAUAAAAUAA